GCUGGUAGGCUAGGCUGUUUGCGCUUGGUAGUUUUCCAUGUGACACAGGCAGGAUUUCUGAGAAAGGAAAGAGAGAUACCUGAGGAUAGAUUCCWGCUGUGUUUGUUCCGCUGGAAUAUUUACAUUUUUCUGAUCCCAGUUCAUAUCCCAAGUAAGGCCACAGGGAUGAACUGGUCAGCACUAGAGAGCCUACUCAGCGGGGUCAACAAGUACUCCACCGUGUUUGGCCGUGUGUGGCUGUCCAUGGUGUUUGUGUUCCGUGUCAUGGUGUUCGUGGUUGCCGCCCAGCGUGUGUGGGGAGACGAGAGCAAGGACUUUGUGUGCAACACCAGGCAGCCCGGCUGCACCAACGUCUGUUACGACAGCAUCUUCCCCAUCUCACACAUCCGCCUGUGGGCCCUCCAGCUCAUCUUCGUCACCUGUCCAUCUCUCAUGGUCAUGGCUCACGUCAAGUAUCGCGAGGGGAAGGAUUCAAAGUAUGCUUCCCAGCACCAGGGCUCUCACCUGUACGCCAACCCAGGAAAGAAACGUGGAGGCCUGUGGUGGACCUACCUGGUCAGCCUGAUCUUCAAGGCCGUGGUUGACGCAGCCUUCCUUUACAUUCUCUACUAUAUCUACCAUGGCUAUGACAUGCCACGUCUCUCCAAGUGUGCCCUGGAGCCUUGCCCAAACACAGUGGACUGCUACAUAUCCAGGCCCACGGAGAAGAAGAUCUUCACCAUCUUCAUGGUGGUCUCCUCAGCCGUCUGCAUCUUCAUGUGCAUCCUGGAGAUGUUCUAUCUGUUGGGCAAGCGGUUACAAAAGGUGUUCAAAGUACGGCAGGCCAACAAGAGACUUCUCUUCGCUGAGUGCCAUGAGGUGACCAACAUCGCUCCGCCGAGGUCAUUGUAUAUCAGGGUAGAUCCAACUAUUGGGAGCCAGCAGAACAUCAGCAGACAGAAGAAGGCAGAGGAGGCUGCUGCCACAAGUCUGUAGUCCUGAUCUGUUUGAUUUUGGUGCAUAUAGCACUGACUUUGCUGAGAGCUACUUUACUGAGGAAAAAUGUACUUAGAUAUGUGGUUGUCCCACCUAGCUAUCUAAAGAUGAAUGCACUAACUGUAAAUCGCUCUGGAUAAGAGCGUCUGCUAAAUGACUAAAAUGUAAAUCCAUAUUGCACUGACUUUGGGGGUAGCUACUUUAUGGAGGAAAAAUAUACUUACUAUGACUGAGAUAUAUGGUUGUCCCACCUAGAUAUAUUAAGAUGAAUGCACUAACUGUACAUUUUGCUCUAUACUGGAGCAUUUUGGAUUUUAGAUCAAGUAUUUUAUAUGAAGCGACAGUACAGAAUGUACCGCUUAGAAAUGAAAGCUCUUUAUAUAUCUAGUCCCUCCGUUUGAAGACGUCAUAAGUAUUUGGACAAAUUCACUUAUAGUGUAUUAAAGUAGUAAAAAGUUUAGUA